GCGUUGCUGAAUGUUGAAGCUGAACUCUGGUGGCUUUGUUGUUUUCAUUCCUUUCUUAUAUUUCUCUUUCUCCCGUUAUCGUUUGUGUACCUGCAACCCUCGUUCAGCGCAUGUUAGCAGGAGCUCCGGCUCCCCCUGAAGGAGCCUUUGCUCAAAAUCAUAUUUUUCAAAGGGGAAUCGCAAAUCAUCAAAUGAACAAAGCCGUAGGUUUUUGGUUGUUUUUGUGCUGAAAAAGUUUCCAGAUCUCUGCAUUGAUUAAGGAAGGAGGGAAGGAGAAGGAGAAAGAAAAUGUCGAACGUCUGGGGAGGAAUCGGUGCAUGGGCCGCAGAGGCCGAGCGUGCCGAAGCCGAAGAGCGCGAGAAUGCUGCCGCUAACUCAAAUUCUCAACUAGCCGGCGUUGGCGAGUCUCAGAGUUUUCCGAGUCUCAGGGAGGCCGCCUCUGCCAAGCCCAAGAAGAAGAAAAUGACGUUAUCUGAAUUCACCACAGGAACUUACGUUGGACCCGGUGGAGCCAGGCGCGAUUCCUCCGUGGAGUCUAAGGGUCUCACCACCGACGAGAUGCUCCGAUUGCCAACUGGCCCCAAGGAGAGGACUCCCGAGGAGUUGGAGUACGGUCGCCUCGGAGGUGGGUUCCGCUCCUAUGGUCGAACUGGGCCUCCGCCUGGGCGCAUGCGUGAGAGAGGUGACGAUAGUGAUGGUUCGUGGGGUGGUGGUCGGAGAUCCUAUGGGGGUUUCGAUGACGAACGGAGGCCUCCUUCUACUAGGGCUAAUGAUUACGAUCAGCCCUCCAGGGCGGACGAAGUUGACAACUGGGCAAUGGGUAAGAAACCUCUUUCCGUCUCUCCCAUGGAUUCUGGACGACAAGAUCGUUACAGUUCGCUUGGUAGCGGUGGUGGGGGUCCCUCUAGGUCUGACGACGUCGAUAAUUGGGCUGUCGGGAAGAAGGCACCUUCUCCUGCUAGAUCUAUGGGUUUCGGCUCAGGUUUCAGAGAUCCCGCUCCCGAGAUGGAUCGCUGGAGCAGAGCACCACCGCGUGAUGGGGAUCGUGAGCGUCCACGGCUUGUUCUGGAUCCACCCAAGGUUGAUGGCAUCAUGAAUGAGCCUCCCAAGGCUACCAGACCUAGCCCAUUUGGUGUGGCACGUCCCAGGGAGGAGAUUUUAGCUGAAAAAGGUCUCGACUGGAAGAAGUUGGAUUCAGAUAUUGAGUCCCGGAAGACGACGAGCCGACCUAACAGCUCUCAGUCAAGCAGGCCUUCAAGUGCCCAAUCGAACCGCGCGGAAAGUCCUGCGCCACAGGUUCUGGAAGCAGCACCAAAACCACGACCAAAGGUGAAUCCUUUUGGGGAUGCCAAGCCUCGAGAAGUCUUACUGGAAGAGAAAGGCAAGGAUUGGCGGAAGAUUGAUUUGGAACUCGAGCAUCGUCGUGUUGAUAGGCCUGAGACAGAUGAGGAGAAGACGCUGAAGGAAGAAAUAGAUCAUCUAAGGAAGGAACUGGAGAAAGAAAGUGCAGUGACUGCGAAUGGGGAAACUGUGGAGUCUGCUCAAGAGCAAACCAGUUUACAUGAGCUGAUGUUGAGCAAAGAAAAGGACCUGGAACUGCUGAUCCGUGAGUUGGAUGACAAAGUAAGGUUUGGUCAGAAAUCCCUUGAGAGGCCUGGUUCUGGAGCAGGCAGGUUUGCUGCCUUGCCUGAGAGGCCACCCUCUCAGUCUGGCUUGUCGGAGGACUAUAGAAGUGUGGAGUAUAUGGAGAGGCCCCGGUCUCAUGGAACAGCAGAUGUGUGGAGCAGGCCUGGAGAUGACAGAAGAGCAUUUCAGGGUGGCAGGGAAAGAGGAUUUCUUGGCAACAAUGACAUUGGCAGGUCCAAUUCUAGGGAGAGAUGGUGAGAAGUCUGUUGUGAAAUUGAGAUUUUAGUUCCUUUUUGCCACCAGGACCGGAUAAUUUUCUUACUGUUAAUUUCUUUUCUAUCUCUUAUGUUUUGCACCAAGUUGGCUGAGAAAUAUAGCGGAAAACCUUCGAUAACUUAAUGUUAACUCCUGAUACAGGUGUAUAAUUGCUAUUUAACGAGUCAAGCGGCCUGAAUUGUUCGUAGAUAUAUCCCCGUAAUUGUAAUCCUUAUAGACUUCAUGGGACUUUUCAUCUUUGUUGCUCUGUUGCAUUAGUUUUCUCUCUUUUGUAUUACGAUAUACAAUUAAUCAGUUUUGUCAAUCAUAUUGAUGAACGAAUGAAUGUAUUGAGAUGCUGUUUUUGUU